AUGACGUCUAAAUUGGAAUUAAACCAAUGUUCAACAUGUCAGAAGAGUUCAGGAAAAUGCAUGUGCGAUGGAUGUAAAAACUAUUUUUGUAUGAAACAUUUUGAACAGCAUCGUCAGCAACUGUCGAUUAAAUUCGAUGAUGAGAUUGCGAAAACUCACGAUGAGCUUCGGGAACAAAUCAAUAGAAUAAAUCAAUCGAGUGUCUCUACUUCAGAAUUUUUCAAUGAGAUUGAUCGAUGGGAGACAGUUACAGUAGAAAAAAUUCAUAAAGCAGCAAAUCAAGCUCGUCGCCAACUCACUCAACUAUUCACUAGAGAUAAAGAUACAUUGGCUAAAGAAUUUGGAAUGAUAACAAAAGAGAUUCGUGAUCGGCGUGAGGAAGACAAUUUUGAUGAAAAUGACAUUGAACGAAUCCGACAAACAAUCAAUCAAAUGAAGAUAUCACUAAAACAAUUUAUUCAACCAACGAAAACGAUCAUAGUGACAAACGAUCGAAUCGAUUGGAAUCGAUUUAUCUACGUUGAAAACGAACACAACAGAGUCGCUACAUUACGUUCGAAUUCGACUGACAUUCAUUUGGAUGCUGAAUGGGUGCAAAAUAGUAUCACUGUGGCUGGUGGAAAUGGACAAGGGAGGGAAAUGAAUCAACUUUUUUACUCGUGGGGUUUAUAUGUCAACGAUGAACAAACUAUUUUUGUUGCUGAUACUUCGAAUCAUCGUAUUAUGGAAUGGAAAUAUGGUGCGAUGAAUGGUCAAGUGGUUGCUGGUGGAAAUAGACAAGGCAAUGGAACUCAUCAAUUAAACAAUCCUUACGAUGUGAUUGUUGAUAAAAAGAGCGAUAGUCUCAUCAUUUCCGAUUGCGGGAAUAAAAGAGUAGUUCGAUGGCCUUGUCAAAAUGGCACGAGUGGAGAAACAAUCAUUUCAAAUAUUGAUUGCAUUGGUUUGGCAAUAGACGAGAAUGGGUCUCUCUACGUUGUUGACCAUGCAAAGCAUGAAGUUCGAAGAUAUAGCAUUGGUGACACUGAAGGAACAGUUGUUGCAGGUGGACGUGGAAAAGGAAAUCGCCUUGAUCAACUUGCUAAUCCUUAUUACGUGUUUGUCGAUCGAGAUCAUUCAGUUUAUGUGUCUGAUCAUGGAAAUCAUCGCGUAAUGAAAUGGAAAGAAGAUGCAAAACAAGGCAUUGUUGUAGCGGGUGGCCAAGGAUCUGGAGAUGAUCUUACACAAUUGUCAAAUCCUCGAGGAAUUUUUGUCGAUGAAUUGGACACUGUGUAUGUGGCUGAUGGAGGGAAUCAUCGAAUAAUGCGUUGGCCAAAAGAAGCCACACAGGGAUGUGUCAUUGCUGGUGGAAACGAUUCAGGAGGAAAAUCGAAUCAACUGAAUAACCCAGUUGGUUUAUCGAUCGAUCGACACGGUAAUCUUUAUGUUGUCGAUAAAAACAAUAGUCGAGUACAAAAAUUUAAUAUCGAUUCAAAUUCAUAG